CAAACUCCUUAAAAGAGAACAACGCUGAAGUUUGCUGCCAUAAAGUAGCUACUUGGUCAUCUGUUAAGGGAAAGAAAAGGGUCAUGUUAAGAGAAACCUGUCAAUCUAAAAAAAAUGCAAAUCAUAAACACUAGAGAAAAAAAUAAUACAGACAUUUAAAAAAUGUUCAAUAUUUUUAGGAAGUAAAUUAAUAAACAUCUUGCUUUUUUUUAAAACAAAUAAUGGAUGCUAAAAACAACACACAUUUCAUGGAAUGUGUAAAAUGAAAAAAAAAGUUGAUUUUAGUUCAGUGAGGGAGUUGCUUAAACAUUUCAGUCUAAAUACAUUAUUUAAGAUUGAUUAAAAACAGCAGGGAAUAUUUUAAAAGUUCAAGUGAAGGAACUUUAUUAUUUUUUUUCACAGUGCUGCUGAAGUUUCUGUACUUGUAUUAUGGAAACAGAGAUGGAACAUCAGGACUGAAUCUCCACACUAACAUAAAAACAGGGCAGCUUUAUUUGUACAUUAGUUUUUACAUACAGAGACCACUCAAACUAUCAAUGAUCCAAAAAGCUUUGGAAGCAUUAAAAAAAAAGGAACGCUUGAGAAUACAGCAUUUUAAAGACAUGAACCGUAAAAAAGCAGCAGUCUAGGUUCAGACUGGAAUGCAGAAACACUUGGAGAACAUCUGUUCCAUGAAGCUCUGAGAAGCUAAAAGCAGCUUCUCCCUCUUUAGUUCUAUGUCCAAGUUCUCAAAUUAACCCCUGCAGUGAUUGGCUGGAGGGACUCACAGCCAUGUAGGGCGAUUGAGUUUCAUUUCCAGAAAGCAGAGAAAGCAGCAGCAGCAGGUAACUCUGUCAUGGUUUAACUGUGGUUGGUUCUGUCUGCUGACCAAGACCUAGGAGAAAAUUUGUGUUCACAUUCGGCAGCUGAAAUAUUUCCAUGAAUGAAAACUUAAGGAGAGGCGAGUUCUGCUCUGCCAGCAGAACAAGGUUCCUGAGAGGAACCAGAAGAAACACAAGCCUGUGUGACAUGCCGGUCCAGAAGUUCAAUGAGCGAAUGAUGGAGGUCAAAGUUUGAAAGUCUUCUUCAAUGAAGCCAAAAUAAUUUCUGUGAUUAGAAUAUUGAACUGAAAGGAGGAAGUGUCAUGGUUUGGGAGGAGAAAACGUCUUGCAGUUGAAGGCAGACCUGAAGCCAGCUUUGGGGUCUUCAUUAGUGCAGAUGUUACUGUCUCAGGUCACGCCCACCCUGUUCCUGAGCGGCGCCGAUGCUCCCCUGAAUGCGGCGCUGGUGUCACAGAAAGGCAUCACCCUGAUUGUCAACGCCACGCUGAACCACGCCUGCCCCGCCUACCCCGGUGUGGAGUGUCUGCGUGUCCCUGUGUGCGACCUGCCCUCUGCCCGGCUCAGUGACCACUUCGACCGGGUGGCUGAUCGUAUCCAUGGUAACCGUGACGGAGGCACACUUGUGCACUGCGCAGCAGGGAUGAGCCGCUCGCCAGCACUGGUCAUGGCGUACUUGAUGCGUCACCGCGGUGUGACGCUGCGCCAGGCUCACCACUGGGUCCAGGAGAGCCGACCCUUUGUCCGACUGAACUCCGGCUUCUGGGAGCAGCUCCUGAAGUACGAGAGGAGGCUAUACGGCCGAAACACAGUCAGGGUGGCUGAGGAGCCCCCGCCCAUUUCUAGACCGUUGCAGACAGCGCCACCUACUGGGAGCAACUGGGUAAACUUUGUACCCAAGUCACCCCUGAUAUCCCGCUCCUCUCAAAUUCUACAGUCUCCGGUGAUGGGAUCAAGAAAUAAAUCCAGAAGAGCAUCUAAACCUUUAGCAAAGUGGGAAAGAUUGUUUUGAAGUAGGAGACAGGAAGUGGAGAGGGACUCUCAGAUCUAGUUAAGAUUUAUUUGACUGAACUAUUCAGGUUCCAGAGAUCUGUCUGCAUACUUGUAACAUCAGUGACAUCUUCCUUGACUUUGGACAAACCAGCUGCAGGAAAACAUGAACAAAAAAUUCUGAAAAUAAUGAGUUUAAUCUUAAAAAUGAAAAAAAUAAAUGACAACCAAAGUUCC